AGCGAUCACGAGUCUGAGUCUGAUUCCAAGCCGCUCCUCACCCACGGAGACGAACCGAGCGCGUCGCACGAAUUCCACAACCCCGUCUAUGAUUCCGACUAUCGCUAUAGCUACACGGAUGAGAACUUGAAGUACUAUCCAAGUGGCCCCAACCAGUCCGAGACCAAGCUCGAUGAUCCGUUCACUCCAAAGCCGGAGGCAUACAUCCAGCCCCAGGAAUAUACUCGCCAGACGCGUUAUGAGGACAUGGACAUUGCGGAGGAGUCCUUCACGAUACCCGCUGGCAAGUCUGGGCAGAUGAUGAGCGCAAGACCAAAUAUGUUUCAAAGGUACUUCGGACUCUACCCCUUGGCCCAGCGAAUAGAGGACAAGAAAAGGGGCGUUGGGAUUCAGAGGUACCCUAUAGCAGCAUGGGCGUUGUCGGCAGUGAUGCUGGGUAUUCUCAUUGAUGAGCUAGUAACGAACCAGAAGGCGCAAAGAACGCCGUUUUCAUUCAAGCCUGUAGUAAAUCCCAUGCUGGGUCCCUCGUCGUCCGCAUUGAUCGAGCUUGGCGCACGGUUCCCGCCUUGCAUGAAGAAUGUCACAGACUUCCCCAUAACGACGGCAGUUCCUUGUCUUAACAACACCGACAAUCCUGCAACGCAGCUGUGUUCGUUGGAGGAUAUUUGUGGGUUUGGCGGGUUUCACAAUGAGGUGCCCGAUCAAUGGUUCAGGUUUAUCACGCCUAUCUUCCUUCAUGCUGGCUUGAUUCACUUCUUGCUGAACAUGCUCGCGCAAAUGACCGUAUCUGCGCAAGUUGAGCGGGAGAUGGGAACGAUCGCGUUCCUCAUCCUCUACUUGGCCGCUGGGAUCUUUGGUAAUGUCCUCGGCGGCAACUUCUCGUUGGUUGGCUCUCCGUCGGUUGGUGCGAGUGGCGCCAUCUUCGGAACUGUCGCAGUCGCCUGGGUGGACCUCUUCGCUCACUGGAGAUACACUUACCAGCCGGGCAAGAAGCUGGUCUUCAUGAUCAUCGAGUUGGUUAUUGGUGUUGCGAUUGGAUUCAUUCCUUAUGUGGACAACUUCGCUCACCUCGGCGGUCUUCUCAUGGGUCUCCUGGUUGGCAUGGCUCUCUACCCGAUCAUCAGCCCUUCCACUCGUCAUCGUACGAUCAUAAUUGCUCUGCGUCUCAUCGCUGUCCCAUUGGCGAUUGUGCUGUUCGUGGUCCUGCUACGCAACUUUUACACAUCCGACCCUUAUGCUGCGUGCUCAUGGUGUCGGUACCUUUCGUGCAUACCUUCUUCGUCCAAUAACCAUUGCAAGGGAACUGGGUUCGCAUCGGGCUCUAUCUAAGUACGUGGUGCCUUCGAUUCUUCACGCUUGCUCUUCGACUCCUAGCCGUUGCAUAUCAUGAAUCUCGUAUCUGUUCGUCAAGGACAAUCGGACUUUCUGUAAAGCAUCCAUCCCGCUACAUCUACUUAGUGUCAAUAAUAGCUACGCUCUUUCUCGGACGGUGGAAAUGGACAGCAUGGUGACCCGUAUGUUAGUCAAGAAUUUCAUUGUACCAUGGUCUGCUUUAUGACUUGCUUGCUCUUAAAUAAGCUGGUCCUGUUGGCAGAUACGCCUAAGCAUGGCUCGUGGGGUAUAUUACUAGAAGUCAGUAUACUUACUAAUAGCUCAAAGGCCCCAGUACAUAUCCUCCGAUUCAUGUUCGGGGAUACUGC